AUGUCUACCAAUUCCAUAAAAUUAUUAGUAAGUGAUGUGCAUAGAAGUUUAGCUGAACUUGUAUCCAAACGAUUAGGGUUACGUCUUACUCCUAGUGAAUUGAAAAGAGAAUCGACUGGUGAGGUACAAUUUUCGAUUGGAGAAUCAGUCCGUGAUGAAGACAUAUUUAUCAUUUGUCAAAUUGGUUCUGGUGAAGUUAAUGAUAGAGUUUUUGAGUUGAUGAUUAUGAUUAAUGCUUGUAAGACGGCGAGCGCUAGAAGAAUCACUGUGAUUUUGCCUAAUUUCCCUUAUGCUAGACAAGAUAGAAAAGAUAAAUCAAGAGCACCAAUUACAGCUAAAUUGAUGGCAGAUAUGUUAACUACUGCUGGUUGUGACCAUGUUAUUACCAUGGACUUACAUGCUUCACAAAUCCAAGGAUUUUUCGACGUUCCAGUAGAUAACUUGUACGCCGAACCUAGUGUUGUUAGAUACAUCAAGGAAACUAUUGAUUAUAGUGAAGCUAUAAUCAUAUCCCCUGAUGCAGGUGGUGCCAAGAGAGCUGCUGGGUUGGCCGAUAGACUUGAUUUAAAUUUUGCCUUAAUCCAUAAAGAAAGAGCUAGAGCCAAUGAAGUAUCUCGAAUGGUGUUAGUUGGUGAUGUCACUGAUAAGAUUUGUGUGAUUGUUGAUGAUAUGGCAGAUACCUGUGGUACUUUAGCUAAAGCUGCCGAAGUUUUGUUAGAUAAUAAUGCUAAAGAUGUCAUUGCCAUUGUAACUCAUGGUAUAUUAUCCGGGAAUGCAAUUAAAAACAUCAAUAAUUCGAAAUUGAAAAAAGUUGUGUGCACCAACACUGUUCCGUUCGAAGACAAAUUGAAACUUUGUCCUAAAUUGGAUACAAUUGAUAUUUCUGCAGUUAUUGCUGAAUCUAUCAGAAGACUACACAAUGGUGAGAGUAUUUCUUAUUUAUUUAAGAAUGCUCCUUUGUAA